GGGAGCCGCCCACUGCCCCCCCGCGCUGGCCCCGCCGAGGGGCGCCCGCCCUCUAUAUAGCGCACCCCUGCGGGGCCCGUGCCAGGCCGCUAGCAGCCGUGAGGUCCCCGCAGAGCGCGCCGCCCCAGGGAGCCAGCCCCCAGCCACCAGCAGCGCCGCCGCCGCCGCCCCGACGGGCGCCCCUUGCUGCUGCUCGGCCCCCACCGCCACCAUGAAGAAGGAGGUGUGCUCCGUGGCCUUCGUCAAGGCCGUGUUCACGGAGUUCCUGGCCACCCUCAUCUUUGUCUUCUUUGGCCUCGGCUCGGCCCUCCAGUGGCCGUCAGCGCUGCCCACCGUCCUUCAGAUCUCGCUGGCCUUUGGCCUGGCCAUAGGCACCCUGGCCCAGGCCCUGGGGCCCGUGAGUGGCGGCCACAUCAACCCUGCCAUCACACUGGCGCUCUUAGUAGGCAACCAGAUCUCCCUGCUCCGGGCUGUCUUCUACGUGGUGGCCCAGCUGGUGGGCGCCAUUGCUGGGGCAGGCAUCCUCUAUGGGCUGGCACCAGUGAGUUCCCGGGGCAAUCUGGCGGUGAAUUCGCUCAGCAACAACACAACGCCGGGCCAGGCUGUGGUGGUGGAGAUGAUUCUGACCUUCCAGCUGGCGCUCUGCAUCUUCUCCUCCACUGACUCACGCCGCACCAGCCCUGUGGGCUCCCCAGCCCUGUCCAUCGGCCUGUCCGUCACCCUGGGCCACCUUGUGGGGAUCUACUUCACUGGCUGCUCCAUGAACCCAGCCCGCUCCUUCGGCCCUGCGGUGGUCAUGAAGCGGUUCAGCUCUGCGCACUGGGUGUUCUGGGUGGGGCCCAUCGUGGGGGCCGCCGUGGCUGCCAUCCUCUACUUCUAUCUGCUCUUCCCCAACUGCCUGAGCCUGAGUGAGCGUGUGGCCGUCGUCAAGGGCACGUACGAGCCUGAGGAGGACUGGGAGGAGCGGAAGAAGACCAUAGAGCUGACUGCCCACUGACCAGCGUCAGACGGGGACCGGUCCCUCAGCCCCUGAACUACAGGGGAAUAAAAAGCAUGAUGGCAAAGCUUCCUUUCCCCACAGCUGGGUUCUCUGGGCUAGGGAGGAGGUGCUGGCUCCCCAGGCUGCAGCUAGAAAUGGGAACAGGAACUUGUGAUGGGGCUCUGGGGUGGGAGCCCGGGGCUGGGCCCUGAUGGGAAGAGGGUCUCUCUGGGACAGGGCAGGCUGCUGCCACAGGGUCAGGCCCCAGAGACUGUGAAUGUGGCACCAAGCUCACAGGCUGCCCCCGGGCCAGGCCAGGAAGGGGUGGUCUGCAUUCUUCACCCCCCCACUCUCCCCAGCCCCUAGGAUGGCAGAGGCUGACCCUCCCCAGAGCUCCUUAGGAGGGAGACAGACUGGUUCAUUAAGUGCUGCCUUAUUUAUUUCUGCUUAAACAUGCAUGGGCUAGGGCUGCUGGUGUUUGCAAUGGGGGCUUCCCAAUAAACCACUGAUGUUCA